UUGCGCGUUGUGGCUCUCUUGCCGGUCACGUCGAUUGGCUGGUUUCACCGCUGUGGGCGUGUCCAUUAGAAAGUAGUCCCGCCUUGCGUUGCCGGGCUGUCAGACUGUAUUUCAAGGCCGUGGUGACUGUGAGGAAUUGUAGUGUCACCAUGGAAUCUCCUCAGGGGCCCCAGCUUGUGCAGCUCUACGUGUAUGACCUCUCUCGGGGCCUCGCCCGCCGGCUCAGCCCCGUCAUGCUCGGUAAACAGCUGGAAGGUAUCUGGCAUACCUCCAUUAUUGUUUUCAAAGAAGAAUUUUUCUACGGUGGGGGAGGCAUCACUAGCUGUGUGCCGGGUGGUACAAUGCUGGGUGAACCAGACAAUGUUAUAGACCUUGGUACAACUGAAGUGACCGAAGAGAUCUUUCUAGAGUACCUGUCAUCCCUUGGAGAAUCUGGUUUCAGUGGGGAGUCCUACCAUUUAUUUGAUCACAACUGCAAUACAUUUAGCAAUGAAGUUGCUCAAUUUCUAACUGGAAAGAAGAUUCCUUCAUAUAUUACAGAGCUGCCAUCCGAGGUCUUGUCUACACCCUUUGGACAAGCCAUCCGUCCUCUUCUGGAUUCUGUUCAAAUUCAGCCUUCUGGGGGAAACAGUUUUAACAGGCAAAAUGGACCAAGCUAACCAGGCCGCCCUGCUCUCCAGUGCGGGCGGUACCCUGCUUUUUAACUUAAUAUACUUUUACUACCUAC